AUGUUGCUCCUGGCCGACACAAGCAACAUUCACCUGGCCACUGGUCAAAGCCUGAACUUGGCUAUCGACCUGUCGUCGCCCCACUCUAGUAGUGGGAAGCGCGUGGCGCCCGCCGACUCCGUCGUACGCCCUACGGGCGGUUCGUCACCGAGUGAUCCCGAUCAUAAGCGUCAACAACGUCAGGGCAGUCCUGCCGCAGUGGCUCCUCGAACUCCCACGAGUUCUGUGAAUGAGGGUAACCUCGCCACUUCACAAUAUACUGGGUAUGACCCUGGCGUCGACGCCGCGCCAUCAGGCGCUCCACAUGGUAGUGGAACUCCCCUUGCUCGUCGAGCAGAGCAUGAGGACGACGAGCAGCCGCUGGAUUCUCGCGCCGCGAGCUUCGUGGAGUUUCUCUACGGAGCCACGUUCGCUCGGUGA